AUGGCUUCUGUACCUACCAUUCGUAUCGGAUAUGUGCCUGAGCACUACCUGACCCCACUCCAUCUCGCUUUGCGAUCGCAAGCUGUUGCUUCACUCCCAUUCAAGGUCACCCUCACCCCCUUCCCUUCCGGAACGGGUCAUAUGAUCACCUCACUCCGCGGAAAUGAAAUCGACAUUGGUAUUGGUUUGACCGAGGGCUGGGUAGCUGGCCUGGCCGGCAAGCAGCAAGCACAAAGCACCGGUGAUGGAGGAUAUAAGGUUGUUGGUCACUGGGUGGACAACCCUCUCAGAUGGGCUAUUGUCACCGGUCGCAACCGUAACGAGACCAAUAGCGUCUCUGACCUGAAGGAUUCCAGAGUUGGCGUCAGUCGUCUUGGAAGUGGCUCCCACAUCAUGUCUUUUGUCCUCGCUCAACAACAAGGAUGGAAGUCCGACUCAUUGACAUCUGUCCCAUUGGGUCCCUUUGGCGCGCUCCGGGAUGGCGUCACUGGCAAAGAUGAAGCUAAGCUAGAACAAGCACCUACUCCCACAGCCGAGUUCUUCAUGUGGGAACACUUCACAACCAAACCAUUCUUUCACCCAACAGCGGAAAAGCCUGAUGUGCCAUUAAAGAAGAUCGGCGAAAUCUUUACUCCCUGGCCUUCUUGGAUGAUCGUGGCAUCUACUGCUCUCUUCCCUAGCCCCGAAACCGAUGUGCGGCUCAUGCAGCUCUUCGAGGCUUUAGACAUGGGAAUUAAGGAGUUCGAGGCUGAUACUGAUCAGGUGGUACAGUUGCUGGGUACCGGUGAGCUUGGUUGCACAUACAUUGAGGAGGAUGCCACUGAGUGGCUGAAGGAUGUUAAGUUUACCAGUGGCGUUCGCGGUGUAGAUAGUGGAAUUAUUAACGGCGUCGUGGAUGUGCUCAAGGUAGCAGGUGUCAUUGAUUCUGAAAUGGACAAUGGCGACGCUAUUAAGCGGGUCAUUGGUAUUCCUCGAUAA